UUUCGAUGGCUAAUAGAAAAAUCUUGGGGGUAAAUUUCGUGAUUGAUGUAGUAAAUAAGCAUGCUCGCUUUCUUCAGCGCCGCAUGAGAUUUUUUGAGAAUGUUGGAAGUUUAAGAAGCCAGCUUUCUUUCAAUUCCUCGAAAAGUCCAUUCAUUGUAUAUUUAGCCCUCGACGAGGUUCUUGGCGAGGGCGGAAACCGAGGUUCCGAGACCGAGGAUCGACCGAACCGUUCGAACGACAUCUGCCUCGUAGAGCACUCAACGUCGCGCAACCCUAAUCUAUAUUCGAAAGCUCUUUACCGAAAAUUUACAUAA